UCAAGUGCUGCCAGUGGGCGGGGUUUCGUCGAAGCUGGAGGAAGUUUGUUUUAGUAGACGCGGUCACGUCUAAGUUCACUGGGGACUGACCGAAGGGACGUGAAGAGGCUGAAGCGCAGCAGUCGAGGUGACGCAUAACGUGUGUGACGUGAGAUCUUCAGAAUGCCAACUGAAGGGCAGCCCACCGACUUGGUGAAAGUUGCACACCUGCUGAUCCUGUCGGCCUGCUGGGGAAUGCAGCUGUGGGUCACAUUUGUAGCAGGGUUUGUGAUGGCGGCUGGUGUGUCUCGCCAUACCUUUGGUCAGGUCCAGAGCAAGCUGUUCCCGUUUUAUUUCUACGGCGUGCUGGGCUCGUCCUUCCUUAACUUGGCCAUCUACGCUGUGUAUCAUCCCAGAGAACUUCUGGACACCCAUGAGUCAGUGCAGAUUGGCCUGUUCUUUGCGUCUGUGGUCCUUGCAGGCCUCAAUGCCCAGUGGUUUGGUCAGACGGUGACAGACACAAUGCUGCAGAUGCAGGAAAUUGAGAAGGAGCACCGCCUCGGAGACGAAGUGGGAAUGAAAGCCAAGAAAGAAGCCUACAAGACCCUCCGGGAGAAGGACCCCAAAUACAAGAGUCUGCGUAGCACCUUCUUCCGCUACCACGGCCUGUCGUCCCUCUGUAACUUGCUGUGUGUGUUGUGCACGGGCGCUAACCUCUGCUACACAGCUCUUAACCUUCAGACCAUUUGAGGGGCCUUCCUCAGACGCGCAUAUCGUCUUGAUCAUCUUACCUACUGACUAAAAACUGAGGCAGAGCGGCGAUUCAAUCCACUCUCUUAACAUUACAGUUCAGAUUUUCAAAUCAUAAAUUUAAGUUGUUUUAUUUGCCGAAGUUGAAAUUUCAAAAGCCGGGAUACACUACUUAGGAAAUGCUUUAUAUGGCUUCAUCUAUUCACUAAAUUGCAGAUUGCAGCAAGUUAAUUGGGGUGGAAAAGGACAUAGUAUAUGGUACUGCAAUAGGCUGAUAUUUAAUAUUUUUCAUCUACAGGUUGUACUAACAUAGAAAUAUCAUUUUAGACGCACUCAUUUUUGGUACAGGCCCCGUCUACUGAAUACAGAAUGCUAAUCUUGGGAUUUGGUAGGACGCCCCCCAGCACAAGAUGAAUGACAGAUGCACUAGGAGUGUGCCAUUACCUUAAAACCGCGCCACACGUCAGACAAUUGUUGGGAUGUAGUCGUCCAUUUCUUGACUGAACCCGUUUUUUCCAUUUCAGAAUCAAAAGACACCAGAAAGCAUGCUUGGCCACUUCCCCCCCAAGUUAAAGUGUCCUGGUUAGACUGGUGAUUGUCAGCGUGGAGUCUGUAUGCUCUCCUGUGUCUUCUGGGCUUUCCUUCCACAUCUUAAAGAUGGUUCUGUUCUGUCAGGGGGAGCAGGGACUGCGCCAUGUGAAGGACUUGCCUGUCGUUCAGGUUUGGUUCCUGUGUAGCCUUCAGUGUAGUCAACCUUGGAUUUCCUGCUUGAGGAAAUUGACGAAUCUUCAAAUGAAACAUUAAAUUGACUAUUUUUGCAUUAGGAGAUACGAGAGAACAAUCUAGAACUCUAAUCUACUUUUUCAAAUAAUGUCCAUAUCUUCCAUUGUUUCAUAAAAUUUAAAGAUCUGUAGACAGACCAUAAAUGUUGGGGGACAGUCAGCUGAAGAACUGCUAGGGUCCUUUUGGCCUGGAUAACACACAAGACCUUCAAACCUGCUCCUGUUAGGCCCACAUCGGCCUCUGUGUCCGGGGAGCAGCUGUCAUGGUGGUGGUGGUGGUGAGGUUUGAGCGUCUGCUCACCUGUAAUGGUGAAAAUGAGAGAACAAUCUAGAACUCUAAAUUUUCAAAUAAUGUCCAUAUCUUCCAAUGUUUCAUAAAAUUUAAAGAUCUGUAGACAGACCAUAAAUGUUGGGGGACAGUCAGCUGAAGAACUGCUAGGGUCCUUUUGGCCUGGAUAACACACAAGACCAUCAAACCUGCUCCUGUUAGGCCCAAAUUGGCCUCUGUGUCCGGGGAGCAGCUGUCAUGGUGGUGAGGUUUGAGUGUCUGCUCACCUGUAAUGGUGAAACUUAAAGGAUCAAUGGGUUGUCGUCCCACUGAGCUAACGUUGUUCUGUAUUCAAACGUAGUGAGGGAGGUCGUACAACGCGUCGGCCAUAGCUGACGAUGCCACUGCUGUGGUGCUGCCAGGCCUUUCUAAGUUCACAUUGAGUUCCUACAACAUUCCAGACAUGUGCUGCCAGGCCAAGCGAAGGACUAAAAUGCAAACCCAUCAACUUCAUUACAGUAUCUCUGGAACAGGUUUUAAUUAAUAGUUGUAGCACUCCCAAUCGGAAUUUCUGAAAUAGGAGAAAACGUUUUGUGAUGCAAAAUAAAGCAGUAACAUUUUUGAACGUGGUAAAGAUUAUCUAGCCAGGGAGCGGCAAGUCCCGUUUAAUUUAAAUGUAGACAAAUGGAUUUCGAAACCAAGCCAUCAAUCACCGGGUCACCAUUUAUUUACUGGACUGUUGUGAACGAGCGUGCGUUUAUGAGAGGUCCCACUAACUAACACGACCGAGUUAUUUAACGUAUUGGAUAAUCUAACGCCAGCUCGAGGGGUCUGUACGCCAGUACUUGGUCUGUAUAGCUGCAGUGGACUCCAAACAGAUCUCUGGGAUGUAGCAAACCACAAAUACGACGACUCGGACAGUUUAAUUCAUAAUUCAGAAAGGUGCUUUUUUAUACACACGUUGUUUAAGGAUUAUUUUGAGAGAGCAUUCCUUUAGUGUGUCGGGUUUACUCACAAGGCCCAUUAAAAGACUGAAGCCUCUUGACGACUUGCUGCAAGCUGGUCCAUAAAACUGGCGAGUGGAUAUAUAAAGGUGGUGCCUGCCUGUGAACUGGGCCAUGGACUUACAGUAAGAAAAGCUGCAGAAAUUAAAUGCUGUGAAACACAUUCGAUUAUUUUUCUUGGUAUGAUAUUUUUCAGACAUUUCUUUAAAGCAUUCCUUAUUUAUUUCAUGGUUUGCUUUCUUUCAAUUAUGAAAAUGCCAUCCUAUUAAGUGUAACUAUAGUAAUGUGCUUAAAAUGAUUAUGCGUAAACCAAUUGAUAACUUUGUUCCUUUUGUCUUUAUAAAGCGUAUUUGUAAAGCAAUUAUGAAUGCUGAUUAAAUAAACAUUGAAAAGAAAAAAAAUA